GUGGGAGAGUUGAAUCUGAAAUCUUUAUAUCAUCUUAUAACUUUCAUAUAAAUUUUUAAACGGUUAAAAUUAGUUUUGUCAAAGGUUCGCAUAGUUAAUUAUCAUGGGUCAUAAUCCCGCAUUUUCCCUUUAUUUUCUGGGUUUGAAGCAAGUUCUUGAAAUUAUCAUAGGAUAACGAACCAGCUAGUGGUACAAAUUUGUGAAACCGUGCAGGGCCUUCUUUCAAUGUUGAGAUUUGAAUUAAAAGCAUUUAUCUUGAGUGUGCAAAUUAAUUGUUACGGUGGAAUCAUGUUCAAAAUUUUGAUACUAGUAAAAAUUCCAGGAAGCUAUAGUGAGUACAGCAAUUGCUGGUGCAAUUAUAGGUGCUGCAGUGGGUGGAUGGAUGAACGAUCGUUUCGGAAGAAGGAAAUCAAUCCUUUUAGCUGAUACCCUCUUUUUGGUUGGGUCAGUUAUCAUGGCUGCUGCUUCUAGCCCUGCUAUUCUCAUCGUGGGUCGAGUUUUUGUUGGCCUCGGCGUUGGAAUGGCUUCAAUGGCAUCCCCUCUUUACAUCUCUGAGACUUCCCCCACCAGGGUUCGCGGAGCCCUUGUAGCUCUCAACAGUUUCCUCAUCACUGGUGGACAAUUUCUUUCCUACCUCAUCAACUUGGCUUUCACUAAGGCUCCGGGUACAUGGAGGUGGAUGCUUGGAGUGGCUGCUCUACCUGCUGUAAUACAAUCGGUGUUAAUGUUUACACUCCCGGAAUCACCUCGCUGGUUGUUCAGAAAGGGAAGGGAAGAGGAAGCAAAAGUAAUAUUAAGGAAAAUUUAUCCAUCUAGUGAUGUGGAAUCUGAAAUUCAAGCUUUGCGGGAUUCAGUUGCAUUGGAAAUGAAGGAAGUAGCUUCAGACAAAAUCAGCAUAAUCAAACUGUUGAAAACAAAAACUGUGAGGAGAGGUUUGUGUGCUGGAAUGGGACUUCAAUUCUUCCAACAAUUUACAGGUAUCAACACUGUCAUGUACUACAGUCCCACAAUUGUUCAGUUGGCUGGUUUUGCAUCCAACCGGACUGCACUUCUUCUGUCCCUGAUCACUUCUGGGCUGAAUGCAUUCGGUUCAAUCGUGAGCAUAUACUUCAUCGACAAGACUGGACGAAAGAAACUUGCCUUGUUGAGUUUGUUUGGCUGUGUUUUAUCCUUGGCCCUUUUAACUGCCACUUUCCGCCAGACUGAAACUCAUUCUCCAAUGAUUAGUUCUAUCGAGACCUCUUACUUCAACAACACCUGUUCUGAUUUUAGCAAAGCUGUGAAUCCUAUUGAAUGGGACUGCAUGAAGUGUCUAAAGGCAGAAUGUGGCUUUUGUGCAUCCGGCUCUAACAAACUCUUACCUGGGGCAUGUUUGAGUUCUAAUGAUGCCCCAAAGGCUCUUUGUCUCAAAGAUCAUAGAGCAUGGUAUACAAAAGGAUGUCCUAGCAAAAUGGGUUGGCUUGCAAUAGUGGGACUUGCACUGUAUAUCAUAUUCUUCUCACCAGGGAUGGGAACUGUUCCAUGGGUUGUCAAUUCAGAAAUCUAUCCUCUAAGGUACCGUGGAAUAUGUGGUGGAAUUGCUUCCACGACAUGUUGGGUUUCCAAUCUUGUUGUUUCCCAGACCUUUUUAACUUUGACAGUGGCUAUUGGGACAGCAUGGACAUUCAUGUUAUUUGGAGUGGUUGCCCUCGUUGGAAUUUUCUUCGUUCUCAUUUUCGUGCCAGAAACUAAAGGAGUUCCAAUGGAAGAAGUUGAGCAGAUGCUGGAGGAAAGAGCUGUGAAUCUUAAGUUUUGGCAGAGGAGAAGUGCUCCCCAGAAGGGUUGAUAAGUUUGAACCAAAACAUUGUUUAAAAAAUAAGUUUUAUGUGUCA